AUGUCGUCAACAGCCAGUAUUUUGAGGACGAGAAGCAGCGGAUAUAACGGCCAACUAUUCCAACGAAUUUUGUCUCGAAGUUACACACAAGUCAGGGCCAUCAGUCAUGCAAGGUAUCCUUUGAGACCUCAAACACAUCUCCAUACACACUCGCAACUACUCAUAUGUAGUACAUAUCAAUCAGCAAGAUUUCAGUCUACAAAAUCGGAUAUAAAAGAGCAACCGACAAAGUCAGAGACAAAAGACAUCAAAAAAGAAGAUGAGCAAGGCGACACCAAAGCUCUUGAAAAGUUGGAAAAUACACCCACUACUGCCUUGGUAGAGGAGACAGAACAACCCUCUUCUAGUAAACAAAAGAAACUCACCACUUGGGAAAAAGUGAAGCAUGAAGCUAAGCAUUAUUGGACCGGUACCAAGUUGUUGGGUUAUGAAAUCAAAGUAUCAACAAAGUUGAUUUUCAAGAUGAUGUCAGGUUAUCCAUUGAGUCGAAGAGAGACAAAUCAAUUGGAGACUACAAUCAGGGAUUUGGGUAGACUUGUUCCAUUCAUGAUGUUCUUGAUUGUUCCAUUUGCAGAAUUCUUAUUACCAGUUGCCUUGAAAUAUUUCCCCAAUUUAUUGCCAUCAACUUACGAGUCUAAGCAAGAUCGUGAAAAGAAAAGACUCAAACUUAAGAAAUCCAUUAAAGGCGCAAGUGAUUACAUUAGAACCUCGGUUGAAGCAUCAGGGUUGAAAUUGUCAAAAAAGAUUUCAGUUGAAGAGAAAGCUGCUUUUAUUCAAUUUUUCCAUGCCAUUUCAAUCGGUAAAAACCCAACUAAAGAACAAUUGAUUAGAGUUGCAAGACUUUUCAAAAACGAUCAAGUUUUGGAUAAUUUGAGUCGUCAUCAAUUGGUUGCGAUGUGUAAAUAUAUGGCUUUGAGACCAUUUGGUACAAACUCUAUUUUGAGAUAUCAAAUCAGACACAGGUUAUUGAACAUUAUUAAAGACGAUAGAGCAAUUGAUUAUGAAGGUGUUGAUUCAUUAACCAUUCCUGAAUUGCAAAUGGCCUGCUCGCAAAGAGGUAUCAAGACGAGUGAUGUAUCUCCAGGUAGAUUGAGAGAGGACUUGGAAACUUGGUUGGAUUUGAGAUUGAGACAGAAAAUCCCAUCAACACUUUUAAUUUUGAGUACCGCAUUUACUUAUGGAGACAAGGAUAGAGGUGCAGAUACUUACUACAAUGCUUUGUUAGCUGUAUUGUCCUCGAUUCCUGAUGAAGUUUACAAUGUUGCCAAGGCCGAAUUGGCAGCCGAUGACUCUGAAUUGAAAUUGGAUAUUUUGAAGGAGCAAAACGAAUUGAUCGAAGAGGAGAACCAAUCCGAAAAGGAUACCGUCAACAAUGUCAAGGACGACAUUCAUUUGGAUGAAUACGAAGAUACUGCCAAUGAAGGUUUGGCUUCUGAACCUGACUCCGAUCCAGAUUCUCAAAAAGAAGUUAAAGGUACACAAAAGAAGGAAAAAAGUGAACCAACCGCUGAAGAGAAGGAAUUGGAAGAAAGUUUAAAGUCGCAAGAAAAGGAAGAUCCAAAGGUGCAAGAGAAUGCCGAAAAAGACGAGUCGUCAAGGGUGAAGCCAGAUGAUAAGAACAAAUCUGCAAGUCUGUAA